CGCGGGCCCGGGAUGGCGGGCGGGGAGGCGGCGGGGCGGCCCAGCCUGGGGCGGCCCAGCCUGGGGCGGCUCUCCCGGGGGCCGCCGUUCGGCAGGACGCACAGCCGCUUCGGGCUCAGCCUCAGCCCCAGCGACCGGCUGCUCCCGCCGGCGUCGCGCUCGCAGGAAAUCCUAGAUCCUCAGAGAACGGCGUUUCUGCUGCGGAAGAAGUGGACGUUAUACAGCGUGACCCCCCUGUACAGGUUCUGUGAGGGCCGGCUGAAGGAGUAUUCCCGCCUGCUCGGGGCUUUCAUCGCCGCCGAGAGGCAGAAGGGCCUGGCGGUGGAAGUGGGGGUGGAACCGGACAUCAAGGUGGUCCUGUCCAGCCUGCCAGACCUGAAAGGCAGCGAGAAAGACCAGGCUGCCAUUCUCGUGCAGCUUUCUACCAGAUCAGCAGCUUCCAAAAAAAAUUCAGAGGAGAAACUGCUGUGGUCGGGCUGGUUCUGCUGUGUGGCUGGAGAUGAGCUUUCUGAGCACCUGCCAGGGGACUUCACUUGUUUGCCUCUGUUCCUUGUCAGCGGGGCCGAGUGUUACACCUCCAUUGUUGGAACCUGGUUUCAGAAGACUUUUGACUGCUGCUUUCGUCGUUUAGCCAUCAGCCCUCUCAACCUCAGCUGGAUGGCAGCUAUGUGGACUGGAUGCAAAGUGGACAAAGCUUCAUCUGCCAUGGAACUUGUUUUCUCUGUCCCCCGUCUGUCCCAGCCUCUGGAUAUCUCGUACGCCAUUCACCCCGAGGAUGCAAAAGCUCUGUGGGACACGGUCCAGAAAACUCCAGGAGAGAUCACUCAGGAAGAGGUGGAUGUCUUCAUGGACUGCCUUUACUCUCACUUCCACAGGCACUUUAAGAUCCACUUGUCAGCUACAAAACUGGUGAAAGUUUCUACAGCAAUUGCCUCGGCACAUUGUGAUGGCGUCAUUAAGUUUCUUCGAAGCCAGUACCUAACUGGAGUGCUGAUGCUACUGACAGAACUAGCCAUCUCUCAGAUACAGUGAGAGACACUCCAGCAAAUCUCCAUGCUAAAAACACUUGUUGGAAGAUGAUGUAUGUUGAGAAGCUGGCUGGAAAAACACUCCAGCAGCAUCUUCUUUCCUUUCAUGAUGGCUGCCCAAAGUUGGACUCAACACCUGCAUUCAACACCAUAUCUAGCUGUAGUUCAAUGCCAUGCACAGCAAAGACAAGCAGAUGUUUGGCCCUAUAGAAAGGGCUACAACCUCUAAUAGUUUCUUAAGCACCUUUGUUAUAUCAUAGUUGCUCUGUUCAUUGAUGCAGACUCUUGGAUGCAACUUAUUGACAAGUUUUUCUAUUGUUUUGAAUAGCAAAUUGCUUUUCACUUAACUAGACAGCCCAAGCUGUACAGACCUUAGCCUGAGCUAACCUGUGACUCCUCCUGGGCCAGGCCAAAUGCAAAGUCAAGCACACCUAAAAAAGGCUACAUGCUGUACAACCCAGAGCAGAAAAAACCAGGUCUCUGACUUCCUUUACAGCUGGCUAAGGAUGGUUGGUAACAGUAAUGAAGUGUCCACCUACAGCCCAGCUGGGCUAAGGUGAACAGCAUGAGACUGACAACUGCCUUGUGUGUCCAGCUUGUUGGUCCUCUCAAACAAGUUAAUGCAUAGGAAAGGGAGGUCUGUGUGUAAGCUAGACAUAUUUAUCAUAUUUUGCCUGAUGUUUGUUGUCUUGGAUGUAAUCUUGUAGGCCAGAGACCUUUGGGGGUUGGAGCUGUGGGUGAUGGAAUUUUGUACCAGAUCUCUCCCUUCUACAGCAGGCAGGAGUGCAGAGAACUAGUGCACAGUGCCUGGCUCUAGCUUAAAUGAGGAGAAAGGAUUUAGAAUAAGUGCAUGCUAAAUGUUAUGAUAUUCAUAUUAUAGUACUAAAUAAAAGUUGCCAUUUUUUGCCAAUAGA